UUCGGAGACACAUGUUCCAUCAGCAUGAGUAUCCAGAAUCCAAUCCUGUAACCAAAAAUUCAUUAUUUGAUGAUGGCAUCCUCACCCAUUUCAUCCACCCACCACCACCACCACCACCCUCCGGCACCUCCUUUUCUCCACAUUCUCUCACUUUCCCUUCAUAAUAAUAAGUUUUCUUGCUUUAAUAAGACGCACAAACAGCGUACCAGCAUCAUAUUGCAAGCUACUGCUGAAAAAAAAUCGGUUCUUGAUAAUAGAAUGCUGGUGUUUGUGCCUCCUCAUCCUUUGAUUAAACACUGGGUUUCAGUGCUCAGAAAUGAGCAAACACCAUGCCCGAUUUUUAAGAGCGCCAUGGCUGAGUUGGGAAGGUUGCUUAUGUAUGAAGCAUCAAGGGAUUGGCUGCCUACAGUUUCAGGGGAGAUUCAGUCGCCACUCGGGGUUGCUUCAGUAGAAUUUAUCGAUCCACGAGAACCUGUAGCGGUUGUUCCCAUCCUAAGGGCUGGUCUUGCUCUUGCAGAGCAUGCAUCGUCCAUCUUGCCAGCAACCAACACAUACCACCUAGGUGUUAGCAGAGACGAGGAGACUCUUCAACCAACGGUAUAUUUGAACAAGUUACCUGAAAAGUUUUCCGAAGGAACUCGAGUGUUCGUUGUAGAUCCUAUGUUAGCAACAGGUGGCACUAUAGUUACAGCCAUUGACAUGAUAAAGGAACGCGGAGUUGACAACCAAAAUAUCAAAGUGGUAUCCGCUGUGGCAUGCCCUCCGGCACUCUCAAAACUGAGUGAGAAGUAUCCCGGGCUUCAUGUAUAUGCUGGAAUUAUUGAUCCAACUCUUACCGAUAAAGGGAUGAUUAUCCCUGGACUUGGAGAUGCGGGAGACCGAAGCUACGGUACAUAAAACCGAACCAAACGGGAUACGAUUUAAAGCUUUUCGGCACAAAUUUUGCUGAAAAUGUUGAUGUUGUGGAGUCUUUUCCAUCUGAGUGUUGGUUAUCGCGUGUCAGUGGUCGAGUACUUGUUUCUGUCAUCUAGUUUCUAAGCCUUCGCUCUGUGUUUGUUCGGUUAUAAAGUUAUUUAGAUGAGCUUUCUUUCUUAAGGGGCUGUUUGGAUUGCUUCUUAGAACUGUUGAUUUUUUAUGUUUUUGGUCAUUCUUAAGUAUCUAAACGGGGUUGAGAGAAAUAUCAAAGAAACGCUUUGGUAUACAGUUUAGGUCUUCAAUCGACUCCCAAUUAAUCGGCUUUAUAUUAUGAUUA